CCUCCUCCUCUCACCUCAGUCCAUUGUAUUCUCUCGUCCUCAUUCUUCGAGCUGUGCCGCACGACGCGUGUGCCCGGUGCCUCUCCUCCUCCUCCUCCUCCUCUUCCUCUUCCUUCCCUCCUCCCUCCUCACCCUCUUCACCACCUCCACCUCCACCGCCGCUCACAUGCCAGAGCUCUCCGGUCUGCCACUGGCCAUCCCGGCCAUCGGCUCCCUCCGCAGGCAGACCGCCGGCUAUCCCUCGUGGUGUCUCUCCUUCUUUGUCUUUGCCUUCCUCCAGGCCGUCUUCGCCCUCAUCCCCCUCUGCGUCGUCGCCUACUUCAUCUUCCUCGUCCGCCAGCACAACUCCGGCGCUCCCGUCUCCCAGUCCUACCGCGUGCUCGUCGUCUCCUCAACUCUCACCACCCUCAUCGUCCUCCUCUCCGUCGUCACCGUCCUCGUCAAGUUCCACCGUGCUGGCGCGGGGCCCGUCAAAGACCUCGACGAGUCCACCGCCGAAGAACUCGAGGAGCAGGCUGACCUCCUCCUCCGUCGCAUCGAGAGCGAGACCCGCAUCCGCGACUCUGUAGACCACGACCCUGCUGAUCUACCCCAACACCAACUCCAGCAGCAGCAUCAGCAGCAGCAGCAGCAGCAGCAGCUACCAGCCACGAUCGAGAUCGAUGUAGCCGUCUCCGGCGAGCGCUGGCCGCUCAUCUUUGUCGUCGGCCAGAUCGUGAUGGCCCUCUUCUGGUCCGUUCUCUUUGUCUACGUGAUGUCCCUCACCGGCGGCAUCUCGACAAGCUGCUCGAUCGAGAAUCCCCAGCAGGUCUGCAAAGAUCUCGCGCUCUGCUCGUCCUACGAAACCGCAUGCAGACUCGUCAACCUCAUCGUCGUCUCCUGCGCCCUUGAUGCCUGCUUCUGGAUCUCCGGCACCAUCUCCAUGUUCAUCAACUCCGCCAUCACCUACCGCAAACGCGCCAUCUCCUCCUUCGAAGCCCUCUCCUCCAUCCUGCGCCAGCACCACCCUUCCACGACCUUCACCAUGGCCUCCAACCCCUUCUCCUCCUUCCGCUCCGCGCGCUCGUCCUCCUUCGACUCCGCCCACGCAACCCUCACCACCACAACCGCAUACCACACCCCUCCUUCAGCCGCUCUCCGCGUGCUCACCCCGACUUUAGGACCUACCUCCUUCUGGUCCCGCUUCAAGCGCCGGCUCAUCGAGCUCACUACGGGAGAGGACUACGACCCUGCCACCGGCACGUUCUCGUACUCUCUGCACUCGAUCCCGCCCGCUUCCUCCGCCAGACGACAGCCCCUCGUGCUUGAUUCCCGCGCUUCCUCACGGCGCAGACCACGACUGUCCUUCGGCUUCCGCGCGCCACACGAACAGCAGCAACUACAACAGCAGCAAAUACAACUCCAACAACUACAACAACAGCAGCAGCAGCAGCAGCAGCUCCCCCCACAUCUCCAACCAACCCUCCCCGCAACCCAAUCCUCACAACUCACCCCCCCGCUCUCCUACUCCCACCGCCACCACCUCUCCUUCGCCAAAAACUCCUCCGCAUCAUCCUCCUCGCCCGCCGCCUCCGCCGCCAGACGCGCGUCCAGCUUCUCCUCCACAAUGUACGUCGUGCACGAGGUCGAAAACGAGGACGCCGACGACCCCGAACUUGCCUCGCGAGCGCGGUCGUAUGCUCCGGCGCCUAUCCGGAGUUUCUCGUGAUUCGUUCUUCUCUACAUCUCGUUUUUAUCUCAUCAAAAAUCAGUUUGCGUGUUUCCACAUCUUUUGCUUCUCGUUCUCGUUCCAUUUCCUGGGUUUCCUCGGUUCUUUCCUGUUUUCCUCAUUUGCAUUUCUCCCUCCUCCUAGAUCUCCUCUCUUACACCUACUCUCAUCUUGGUUUUGCUUCUUAUCAUAUCAUA